CGUCAGUGGUUCGUGUCUAUGUGUCUAUGUGUGUGUGUGUGUGUGAAUGUGAGUGUGUAUGAGUGUGUGUUUACACUUGGGCAGUAUUUUGCCAGUUAUCAACUUUGAUCAAAAAUGAUCACAUGCAUUGAUAUAAAAUUAACAAUGACGACAGAAAUACUGUGACAAAAGCUGUGUGGAUGGAGUCUUCGCGGGGGGUUGGCGGUCUUUCCCGCGAGUAUAAGCUGGUAAUGCUGGGCGAGGGAGGAGUGGGUAAAAGCGCCAUCAUCAUGCAGUUUAUCAGUCACCGGUUCCCUGAGGAUCAUGACCCUACUAUAGAGGACGCCUAUAAGACGCAGAUCCGCAUUGACGACGAGCCGGCGAACCUGGACAUCUUGGACACAGCAGGACAGGCUGAAUUCACAGCCAUGCGUGAUCAGUACAUGCGUGCUGGCGAAGGCUUCAUCAUUUCGUACUCCAUAACGGACCGGCGCAGCUUCCAGGAGGCUCGCCACUUCAAGCAGCUGAUCUGCCGCGUGCGCCGCACUGUGGACACGCCAGUGGUGCUCGUGGGAAACAAAUCUGACCUCGCACACCUGAGACAGGUGACAGUAGAGGAGGGAAAGGAGCUGGCGAGGGAGUUCCAGUGUCCAUUUUUCGAGACGUCCGCAGCGUUCCGUUACUACAUCGACGAGGUUUUCGCCGCUCUGGUGCGUCAGAUCCGUCAGCGCGAAGCCGAGGUGGUGCGGAGCGGAGAGAGAAAGACGCGACGUAGCCGGUCGCUCUGGAGCCGCCUUAAAGCGCCCUUUCGCAAGAAACAGCACUCCGAGCAUUGAGGUGGCUGAUGGGAUACCGCCGUCCUCCACGAAGAGGAGGAAAUUACUGUUCUGGUUUUCUCGUCUGUAAACCUGUUACCUCCACCCUCUAGAGAGGUGGUUUGUGAACUCUUAACCUAGAUAGUUUAUUACAUGAUUGAUUUCGAUUAAGCACUCUGAAUCGUUUGGUUAUGUUCGAUCAGACACCAGCCUUCUAUGUGCAGGACACACUUACAGCCACGGUAUAUCGGCUACUUACUGUUAUCUUUACACGAGGACUAUAGGUGGACUUCUUCAUAAUACUGUAUUUAGUGAAACGUAUUAAACUUGACAUUAGUUACAGGGAGCAUAGCUUUUGAUUUUGACUUUCAGGAGAACUGUAGUACCUCCAAUUCUUAACCGAUGGGACGAAAUGAGAAGGUAGUGGAGAUGUGAGGCGGGUUUAGGAACUGAUAUGAAGACUGAAAGGUUAUACCAGGGUCUGAAAUGACAUCGUUUUUCUCCACCAACCACUAAGCAGUAAACGAGAAUAUAUUUAGCCCGACUGUCCCUCAAUUCUGGGCCUCCUUCAUUGUAAUAAAACUCUUAUUACAGUCAUUGUGUCAUCACACAGUCAUUCUAAAUGCUGAGCUGAUAAUGUUGGUUUAAGACGCACUGGAUUUUGCUUACAUCCACAUCAGAUCAGUCACACUAUUUCCUGAAAUAUAUAUAAUUGUAUUGUUUUACUGUUAAUUUUAACAAACGAUUCAAUUCUCUGGUGCGUGUAGUCUGAAGUUUCUUUAGCUCCCCACUCACAACUUUAGUUCGUACCUUUAGAUGUGUUUUGGAAAAAAAUUUUACUGUAGUUUCAUCUUAUCGUGUCAUUUACAACCUCUCAUUAAAUAUAUGGUGAGGGUAUAUAGCUUUGAACAGUUAGCUUGUCGAAGCCUAGCAUGUAACAUGUAACACAUACAGUUUUCAUACUGAUUAGUGCUUUAUUCAAUUUGUGUUUAACUAGUUAGCAUUUUCUCAUCAGAGCUAAAAAAAAAAAAAACACAGGACAGUGAACAUCCACAAGCAAUAACAGUAUUGAUCGAUACACACACACUACAGACAAACUACAAACAAACUUGAUGCUUGUUAGUGUGAACUUCGGGUAAAGUAUUGACUAUCAAUCAAAGUCGUAGAGCAAUUAGGGAUUGACUUUUUGUUGCACUUUCUAGUUUGACAUUUGCAGUGAGAUCGACAGAAAAUCAGAAAAACAGGAAAAAAACUAACUGCCAAGGUGGAGAACUAAGGUGGAGGUUUCAGACCCUGAUACCAUAGUUCAUAGUGGGCUUCAGAUUUGCCUGAAAAGAAUUUUAAGACUGUUUAGAGUAUGUGAGGAAAAGAGAUGGAGAGAUGGAGAGAGAGAUGUAGUUUCAAUAAUACACAGGCUGUGUUCAAUAGGUGGAAGGAUCGUAUACAGUAGAAUAAUGGAUUAUGUAAUGUUUUCUUUCAUGCUGGUUCUAGUUUUUGUCUUGGUUGUGUUUGCUUUGCAGAUGUGGAUCACAGUUUUGCAGUUCAGGUUUAAAGGACUGUAGGUAAUAUGGUUUAAAUCCUAAAUAGCUCCCUACAGGGCACUACAAUAUAGUGUAGAAGCCACAAUAUCAAACCCUGUGCACUUAAAUAGGAAGUAGGGAGUCAUUUGGCCUGAGGCUCAUUUGCAAAGUAGUGUUAUUUUUGGCGUAGAACAGUGCAACACACACACUGGGAAAGUCCAGAGACACACAGCGUAGGGACGCACAUUAUGAACUCUAAGAUCAUGCUAUGAUUCUGGUAUGUUGGUAGCUCCUUGGUGUUCACAGUUUUAAAAAAAACAAACAAACCAAACAAACAGCAUUUGUUUAAAAGGCAUGAUUCAUCCAAACACACUGGAACUCAUCUCACACGUCUGGGAUUAGUCAUGAUGAGAGUAGUCACAGCACACAAUAACACAUUUAGGGAUUAGUAACAUGCUCAUUACGCAGCCGGUCGGUAUUUCAAACGCCAAGGACGUUAUAAAGAUUAGCCAACGAUGUACUGUGCAGCUCUACCAGGACUCGAACCUUGUCUUUGCAUUCAUACAUAGCAGCUCUUCCUGUAGUUAAGUACAUACAGGACUGACUUCUUCUAGAUGGCGUACAAAUGUGACUCCUUUAUAGUUUUCAUUUUUAUCAAUGUUGUGCAAUUACUACACGUAAAAUCUAAAUGGUAUGUCUGAUUAUUGUUAGGGUUUUUUUUUUUGUGUAAUUGUGAGAUUUUUUUUUCUCAGUUGUGUGAUCAUGAAUACUAUAUUUUCCUUAAUUUAUUUUCAUCAGAGAUUCUUGAAUAAAAUGGGCAUAGCUGAGUUUUCCCAAGAACUCCA